AUGGAGCUCCUGGAGCAGGUGAACAUCUCUGAGGAAAGGCUGAGGGAACUUGGCCUGUCCAGCCUUGAGAAGAGACAGCUGAGAGGGGACCUCAUCAAUGUCUGUUACACAGUUGGAAGCAUAGAAUUGUCAAGGUUGGAAGAGAUCUUUAAUAUCAUUAAGUCCAACUGUCAACCAGGCACCAUCUCUGUAACUUCUAACCACAUCACCCAGUGCCGGAUCCAAGCACUUCUUAAAAUACCUCCAGGGAUGAUUUUAUCGAGGCAACUGGGAAAAAAACGGACACAUCUGAGCCUCGCACACCAUUCUCAUCGCACGAGGGCCUUUCACACAAACUUUAUCUCGCCGGCACAGCGCAGUGUUUGCACGGAGCACAGCGGGCUCCAGCGCUGGCACGGAGCGGGGACAGGGCCCCACGUCCCAAAGUACAGUCGCGUUCAGCCGCUGCCACAGCUUUUCACUGCGCACCUCCCCAGCUACUGCAAAGGCCUCUGUGCUAUAAAUGACUCAGACCCAGCGCCUUUCCAGGCCCGCUCACCCUCUACGGUGCGAAACCCCAGACCUCGACACACUUUGCUACCUCCCACGCACACGGGCUACCCCUGGGCCGAGGCUGCCACCGCAGCCAGGUUUCUAGAAAGGGGCCCACGACACCGCAGGACAACGAGGAGGCGGCAGAGCUGCUUCCCCAGAGUCUCGCCCCGGGGGCGGCCGCCCCGAGCUCGAAGUUUCACAAGCGCCGGGCAAUCCCCGCUCGCCCUCAGCCUCCCCGGCCAGGCCCGGCCGCGGGUGGCGGAGCCGCGCCGCCACCACUGCGCAUGCGCGGCAGCAGCACGGCCACAGCAGCCAGGGAAGCGGAGCGCUGCCGGCCCGAGCGCGGAGCGGGGCGGCAUGGCCAGCCUGGUCCCCGCCGCCGCCUCCUCUCCCGCCGGCGCCGCGGCCCGCGGCAAGAAGCGCCCGGCAAGCCCGGGCACCGGCCCCGCCAAGAAAAAGAAGGCGACAGCGCCUGGCGGCUCGCAGAGUGCAGGAGGAGAGGCUGUGAGUGAAAAUAAAUUACUGAACACAGACUCCAACACAGGAUCAGUGGAAACUACUGCCAAGCCGUUACCAUUUAAAGACCCCAACUUCAUUCACUCCGGCAUUGGUGGAGCAGCAGCUGGCAAGAAGAACAGAACAUGGAAGAACCUAAAACAAAUUCUUGCUUCUGAAAGGGCAUUGCCAUGGCAACUAAAUGAUCCUAGCUAUUUUAAUAUUGAUGCUCCUCCUUCUUUUAAACCUGCUAAGAAAUAUUCAGACAUCUCAGGACUUCCAGCAAAUUACACAGAUCCACAGAGCAAGCUAAGAUUUAGUACCAUUGAAGAAUUUGCCUAUAUUCGGAUGCUUCCUUCAGAUGUGGUUACAGGAUACCUGGCUCUAAGGAAAGCAACAAGUAUUGUUUCCUGAACAGACUAAAUAUUCUUGUACAUUGCUUGUGAACAGUGCUCAUUUGGAGUAUCAUUUGGAAACUGACUGUGGGACUAAGAUUCUUUAAAACUAUCUGUGGAUUUUUACAUCUGGAAGUAGUUGAUGAUACAUGCAUUUGAAGAACAUAUGGAUUUAAUUUUCAUAAGUGCUGAUAUUUGUUUGUUCACCAAUUUGUUAGCAAUUUAGUUUGGUGAACAGAAUAACUUAGACCUUAAGGAUAUGUGUCUGUACUAUAAUGUCUCAUUUAUAUUAAUUUCUGUAAAGAAAGGAUUUCAUCUCCACCCUGUAUAUUUUAUGUACUACACUGGCUCAGAAGAAACUGUCAUUUGAAUUGAAGAAAAGGUAACAAGAUAUCCAAAUAUCUAAACCUGCCUUAGCAGAUGUGCUUUCCACUUGGCUAUGAAGUUUGUCCCAUCUGUAAAAUGAAGCUAAAAUACCCAGCAAGUGCUGCUGUUGUGAUGACUUUUCAGGGUUCUGUGGCACUGUGGAAAUGAAGACACAAAUGUUUGUACUGAAUUAACUGCCAGCAUAAAUAAAGUUGAAUGUGCUUGUAAAAUACA